GUGAGCAAAGCGAGUGCAUCUGUGGUGUCCAGGCCCAAACCCCUGAAGACUGGCUCCGCCCCGGCACCCUCUUGCGCCCCGCCCCUGCCUGGAGGAGUCUCUGCCAGGCCAUCCGACACUGGCCUGUCUGGGCCCGCAUCUUCUAUGGAGGCCCCUGCCGGGCUAUAGAGCCCUUCGCCCGGUGGGGACCCACUCAUCUAUGAGGUCCGUUUUAGUUUGCACGGUCUGAAUCUGUAAUUGCUGGACACUGUUUAUGGGGUCGGCCUCUCUAUGGGGGCCUGUGUCUAUAGGGGACCACAACGGUCCCUAAGGGGUGGCCCCAUCCAUUACGACUACAAAUGCAGAGCCGCUCCUCGGCUUUUAGAGUCCGUCAACAACCUUCGCAGAGAUUGCGUCUCCGGGACCUCCCCGUUCUGCAUGGUUGUGCUAUCCGUAUAGAGGUCACAUUUGCAGGGCCUUAAGCUAGAUAGAGGGUCCUCUCCAGGUCUUUACCACCCAGCCUGUCUGUAAGGGUCAGUGUGAGAGGUGUCAAUGGCCCUGGUCGAGGCUCUGGCCACGACUCUGGCCUUAGCUGUGCUGGGGUCGCUGUCCCCCGGAAUCCAGGCGGGGGACUGCAAGGGGCAGCGGCAGGUGCUGCGGGAGGCGCCAGGCUUUGUGACGGAUGGUGCUGGCAACUACAGCGUCAAUGGCAACUGCGAGUGGCUCAUCGAGGCCCCAAGCCCCCAGCACCGGAUCCUGCUAGACUUCCUUUUCCUGGAUACGGAAUGCACAUAUGACUACCUGUUUGUGUAUGAUGGCGACUCCCCCCGAGGACCACUUCUUGCCAGUCUGAGUGGGAGCACCCGGCCUCCACCCAUUGAGGCUUCCUCAGGCAAGAUGCUGCUGCACCUCUUCAGUGAUGCCAACUACAACCUGCUGGGCUUUAAUGCCUCCUUCCGCUUCUCCCUGUGCCCGGGUGGCUGCCAAGGCCAUGGGCAGUGCCGGCCUCCAGGUGUGUGUGCCUGUGAACCAGGCUGGGGUGGCCCCGACUGCAGUCUGCAGGAGUGCUCAGCCUACUGUGGCAGCCAUGGCACCUGCGCCUCGCCCCUGGGACCAUGCCGCUGUGAGCCUGGUUUCCUAGGACGUGCCUGUGACCUGCACCUGUGGGAGAACCAGGGGGCUGGCUGGUGGCACAACGUGAGUGCUGGGGACCCUGCCUUCUCUGCUCGUAUUGGGGCAGCUGGUGCCUUCCUGUCCCCACCAGGGCUGCUGGCUGUUUUUGGAGGCCAGGACCUCAACAAUGCACUGGGUGACCUCGUCCUAUACAACUUCUCAACCAACACCUGGGAGAGCUGGGACCUGAGACCUGCCCCGGCUGCUCGUCAUUCCCACGUGGCUGUGGCCUGGGCCGGCUCCCUUGUGCUCAUGGGUGGUGAGCUGGCUGAUGGCUCACUUACCAAUGAUGUGUGGGCAUUUAGCCCGCUGGGUAGGGGCCACUGGGAACUCCUGGCACCACCUGCCUCCAGCUCCUGGGGGCCCCCAGGCCUGGCAGGUCAUGCAGCUGCCCUGGUGGAUGACAUCUGGCUUUACGUGUCUGGUGGCCGCACUCAGCAUGACCUCUUCUCCUCUGGCCUUUUCCGUUUCCACCUCGACAGCACCAGUGGGGGAUAUUGGGAGCAGGUGAUUCCAGCAGGUGGGCGGCCUCCUGCUGCUACUGGCCACUCCAUGGUGUUCCAUGCUCCCUCCCGUGCCCUGUUGGUCCAUGGCGGACACCGGCCUUCCACUGCCCGGUUCUCUGUGCGAGUGAAUUCCACUGAGCUAUUCCAUGUAGAUCGGCGGGUGUGGACAACACUGAAGGGCCGGGAUGGACUUCAGGGCCCAAGGGAGCGUGCCUUCCACACGGCCAGUGUCCUGGGCAACUACAUGGUGGUCUAUGGGGGCAAUGUGCACACCCAUUACCAGGAGGAAAAGUGCUAUGAAGAUGGCAUCUUCUUCUACCACCUUGGCUGCCAUCAGUGGGUGUCAGGGGCCGAACUUGCCCCCCCAGGAACUCCUGAGGGUGAGUGGUCCCUCUCUUUCCCUGAGGACCCACCUUCCCUGGCAGUGAAUCUAAGCUCUAGCCAUCUCAAUCCUUGGGGUGAGCCAGACGCCCUGCUGGAACCAGCCUCAGGAGGCAAGCCUGGGAUGGGAUGGGAGGCAGUUUGGAGGUGCCCCUUCACUGGGCAGGGAACAGUUUGGUGUCAGGGAGCCUGCCAAGCUGCACCCCCUCCUGGAACCCCCUCUGGGGCUUGUCCAGCUGCCAGCUGUCUGGGUCUGGGCCGCCUCCUGGGUGACUGCCAGGCAUGCCUGGCCUUCAGCAGCCCUACAGCCCCUCCCCGGGGGCCUGGUGCCCUGGGCUGGUGUGUGCACAACGAGAGCUGCUUGCCUCGGCCUGAGCAGGCCCGCUGCCGAGGGGAGCAGAUCUCAGGCACUGUGGGCUGGUGGGGGCCCGUGCCCGUCUUUGUCACGUCACUGGAGGCCUGCGUCACCCAGAGCUUCUUGCCUGGCCUGCACCUGCUCACCUUCCAGCAGCCGCCCAACACCUCCCAGCCUGACAAGGUCUCAAUUGUCCGUAGUACGACCAUCACCCUUACACCCAGUGCAGAGACAGAUGUAUCCCUGGUCUACCGUGGCUUCAUCCACCCUCUGCUGCCGGGAGGGCCAGCUGGGCCCGGGGCUGAGGACGUGGCCGUGUGGGCUCGGGCCCAGCGCCUACAUGUCCUGGCCCGGAUGGCCUGUGGCCCUGACACAGAUAACAUGGAAGAGGUGGGGCGCUGGGUGGCUCAGCAGGAGAAGGAGACAAGGCGGCUGCAGUGCCCAGGGUCUGCUCGCCUCUUCCCACUGCUUGGGCGGGACCACAAAUACGCAGUAGAGAUCCGGGGCCAGCUCAACGGCUCAGCAGGCCCUGGGCACAGCGAGCUCACUCUGCUGUGGGACCGGACUGGAGUGCCAGGUGGCAGUGAGAUCUCCUUCUUCUUCCUGGAGCCCUACCGUUCAUCAGCCUGUGCCUCUUACUCCUCUUGCCUGGGCUGCUUGGCAGACCAGGGCUGCGGCUGGUGCCUGACCAGUGCUACCUGCCACCUGCGCCAGGGUGGGACCCACUGCGAGGAUGAUGGGGCCACGGGGUCCUUGCUGGUGCUGGUACCUGCCCUCUGUCCACUCUGUGAGGAGCAUCGAGACUGCCACGCCUGCACCCAGGACCCCUUCUGUGAGUGGCAUCAGAGUACCAGCCGCAAAGGGGAUGCAGCAUGCAGCCGGCGGGGCCGUGGUCGGGGUGCCCUGAAGAGUCCAGAGGAGUGUCCCCCGCUCUGUAGCCAGCGCCUGACCUGCGAUGACUGCCUAGCCAACUCCAGCCAGUGUGCCUGGUGCCAGUCUACUCACACCUGCUUCCUGUUUGCUGCCUACCUGGCUCGGUACCCACAUGGGGGCUGCCGCGGCUGGGACGACAGUGUGCACUCAGAGCCGCGGUGCAGGAGCUGUGAUGGCUUUCUGACAUGUCACGAGUGUCUACAGAGCCACGAGUGUGGCUGGUGUGGCAACGAGGACAAUCCCACUCUGGGACGGUGCCUACAGGGAGACUUCUCAGGACCCCUGAGUGGGGGUAACUGCUCCCUGUGGGUUGGGGAGGGUCUGGGGCUGCCCGUUGCCCUCCCUGCUCGCUGGGCAUAUGCCCGCUGUCCAGAUGUGGAUGAGUGUCGUCUGGGCCUGGCCCGGUGCCACCCACGGGCGACCUGCCUGAACACACCCCUCAGCUAUGAGUGUCACUGCCAGCGGGGCUACCAGGGCGAUGGAAUCACGCACUGCAACCGCACGUGCAUGGAGGACUGUGGCCACGGGGUAUGCAGUGGACCCCCAGACUUCACCUGCGUGUGUGACCUGGGCUGGACGUCCGACCUGCCCCCACCCACACCCGCCCCAGGUCCUCCUGCCCCCCGCUGCUCUCGGGACUGUGGCUGCAGUUUCCACAGCCAUUGCCGCAAGCGGGGACCUGGCUUCUGCGAUGAGUGCCAGGACUGGACAUGGGGGGAACACUGCGAACGGUGCCGGCCUGGCAGCUUUGGCAACGCCACGGGCUCUGGCGGCUGCCGGCCCUGCCAGUGCAAUGGUCAUGGGGACCCACGCCGUGGCCACUGUGACAACCUCAGCGGGCUGUGCUUCUGCCAGGACCACACUGAGGGUGCUCACUGCCAGCUCUGCUCCCCAGGCUACUAUGGGGACCCCCGGGCUGGUGGCUCCUGCUUCCGAGAGUGUGGGGGUCGCACCCUCCUCACCAACGUGUCCUCAGUGGCACUGGGCUCACGCCGGGUUGGGGGUCUGCUGCCUCCAGGUGGCAGGACUUCAAGAGCCGGGCCUGGCUUGUCCUACUGUGUAUGGGUUGUCUCCGCCACUGAGCUGCUACAGCCCUGUGCCCCUGGGACUCUCUGUCCCCCACUCACCCUCACCUUCUCCCCUGACAGCAGCACUCCCUGCACGCUGAGCUACGUCCUGGCCUUUGAUGGAUUCCCACGCUUCCUGGACACUGGCGUCGUCCAGUCAGACCGUAGCCUCAUAGCUGCCUUCUGUGGCCAGCAGCGGGACAGGCCCCUCACUGUGCAGGCCCUGUCUGGGCUGCUGGUACUACACUGGGAGGCCAAUGGCUCCUCCUCCUGGGGCUUCAAUGCUUCUGUGGGCUCUGCCCGCUGUGGGUCAGGGGGCCCUGGGAGCUGCCCUGUUCCCCAGGAGUGCGUGCCUCAGGAUGGAGCCGCAGGUACUGGGCUCUGUCGAUGUCCCCAGGGCUGGGCUGGCCCACAUUGCCGCAUGGCUCUGUGUCCAGAGAACUGCAAUGCCCACACUGGGGCAGGGACUUGUAACCAGAGUCUAGGCAUAUGCAUCUGUGCUGAGGGCUUCGGGGGCCCUGAUUGUGCCACAAAGCUGGAUGGUGGGCAGCUGGUCUGGGAGACCCUCAUGGACAGCCGCCUCUCAGCUGAUACUGCUAGCCGCUUCUUGCAUCGCCUGGGGCACACCAUGGUGGAGGGACCUGAUGCAACCUUGUGGAUGUUUGGGGGCCUGGGCCUGCCUCAGGGGCUUCUGGGAAACCUAUACAGAUACUCCGUGAGUGAGCGGCGGUGGACACAGAUGCUGGCAGGAGCUGAAGAUGGGGGCCCAGGCCCAUCACCCCGUUCCUUCCAUGCAGCUGCUUAUGUGCCUGCUGGCCGCGGUGCCAUGUACCUGCUGGGGGGCCUCACAGCUGGAGGUGUCACCCGUGAUUUUUGGGUCCUCAACCUCACCACCCUGCAGUGGCGGCAGGAGAAGGCUCCUCAGACUGUGGAGUUGCCAGCAGUUGCUGGUCACACCCUCACUGCCCGCCGAGGCCUGUCUCUGCUCCUGGUGGGUGGUUACUCUCCUGAAAAUGGAUUCAACCAGCAGCUUCUUGAGUAUCACCUGAUGACUGGCACCUGGGUGUCAGGAGUCCAGAGUGGAACACCUCCCACAGGUCUCUAUGGUCACUCUGCAGUCUACCACGAGGCCACUGACUCCCUCUAUGUAUUUGGGGGCUUCCGAUUCCACGUGGAGCUGGCAGCCCCAUCUCCAGAGCUCUACUCUCUGCACUGUCCUGACCGCACCUGGAGUCUUCUGGCCCCUUCUCAGGGGUCAAAGCCUCACCACCGGCUCUUCCAUGCUGCUGCCCUGCUGGGGGACACCAUGGUGGUUCUUGGGGGGCGCUCAGACACUGAUGAGUUCAGUAGCGAUGUUCUGCUCUACCAGGUCAACUGCAAUGCCUGGCUUCUGCCUGACCUCACUCGCUUGGCCUCUGUGGGGGCCCCAAUGGAGGAGUCUGUGGCCCAUGCCGUGGCAGCAGUGGGGAGUCGCCUGUAUAUCUCCGGGGGAUUUGGUGGGGUCGCCCUGGGCCGCCUGCUGGCACUGACCCUGCCUCCUGACCCCUGCCGCCUACUGUCCUCAUCUGAAGCUUGUAACCAGUCUGGGGCCUGCACAUGGUGCCAUGGGGCUUGCUUGUCUGGGGACCAGGCCCACAGGCUGGGCUGUGGGGCAACCCCCUGCUCCCCAAUGCCUCGUUCCCCGGAGGAAUGUCGCCGACUCCGGACUUGCAGUGAGUGCCUGGCCCGCCAUCCCCGGACCCUGCAGCCUGGAGAUGGAGAGGCAUCUGCCCCCCGCUGUAAGUGGUGUACCAACUGCCCCGAGGGUGCCUGCAUCGGGCGCAACGGGUCCUGUACCUCAGAGAAUGACUGUCGGAUCAACCAGCGAGAGGUCUUCUGGGCAGGGAACUGCUCAGAGGCGGCAUGCGGGGCUGCAGACUGUGAGCAGUGCACUCGGGAGGGCAAGUGCAUGUGGACACGACAGUUCAAGAGGACGGGGGAGACUCGCCGCAUCCUGUCGGUGCAGCCCACCUAUGACUGGACGUGCUUCAGCCACUCUUUGCUGAAUGUGUCCCCAAUGCCAGUGGAAUCGUCACCACCACUGCCCUGCCCCACCCCCUGUCACCUCCUACCCAAUUGCACCUCCUGCCUGGACUCGAAGGGUGCAGAUGGGGGCUGGCAGCACUGUGUCUGGAGCAGCAGCCUUCAGCAGUGUCUGAGUCCUUCUUACCUGCAGCUGCGAUGUAUGGCUGGAGGCUGUGGGCGGCUGCUCCAGGGACCGGAGAGCUGCUCCCUGGGCUGUGCCCAGGCAACCCAGUGUGCCCUGUGCUUGCGGCGCCCCCACUGUGGCUGGUGUGCCUGGGGGGGCCAGGAUGGGAGUGGCCGCUGCAUGGAGGGUGGACUCAGUGGCCCCCGUGAUGGACUGACGUGUGGACGUCCUGGGACCUCCUGGGCCUUCCUGUCCUGUCCCCCUGAGGAUGAGUGUGCAAAUGGGCACCAUGACUGCAAUGAGACACAGAACUGUCAUGACCAGCCCCAUGGCUACGAGUGCAGCUGCAAGACGGGCUACACCAUGGACAAUGUGACAGGGCUUUGCCGUCCAGUGUGUGCCCAGGGCUGUGUGAAUGGCUCAUGUGUGGAGCCUGACCAUUGCCGCUGCCACUUCGGCUUUGUUGGUCGCAACUGCUCCACAGAAUGUCGCUGCAACCGCCACAGCGAGUGUGCUGGCGUGGGGGCGCGUGACCAUUGCUUGCUCUGCCGUAACCACACCAAGGGCAGCCACUGUGAACAGUGCCUCCCGCUGUUCGUGGGUUCAGCCGUGGGGGGCGGGACAUGCCGGCCCUGCCAUGCCUUUUGUCGUGGAAAUAGCCACAUCUGCGUCUCCAGGAAGGAGCUUGAAAUGGCCAAGAAGGAGCCAGAAAAGUAUUCUUUGGAUCCAGAGGAGAUUGAAAACUGGGUGACAGAGGGUCCUAGUGAAGACGAGGCUGUAUGCGUGAACUGCCAGAAUAACAGCUAUGGGGACAAAUGCGAGAGCUGCCUCCAUGGCUAUUUCCUUCUGGAUGGGAAAUGCACCAAAUGCCAGUGCAAUGGCCACGCAGACACAUGUAAUGAGCAAGAUGGGACAGGCUGUCCAUGUCAGAACAACACAGAGACAGGCACGUGCCAGGGAAGCUCCCCCAGUGACCGCCGAGACUGCUACAAGUACCAGUGUGCCAAGUGCCGUGAAUCGUUCCAUGGAAGCCCGCUGGGUGGCCAGCAGUGCUACCGCCUCAUCUCAGUGGAGCAGGAGUGUUGCCUGGACCCCACAUCCCAGACCAACUGCUUCCAUGAGCCCAAGCGCCGGGCACUGGGCCCUGGCCGCACCGUCCUCUUUGGUGUGCAACCCAAAUUCACCAAUGUAGACAUCCGCCUGACGCUGGACGUGACCUUCGGUGCUGUGGACCUCUAUGUCUCCACCUCCUAUGACACCUUUGUGGUCCGUGUGGCUCCUGACACUGGCGUCCACACUGUGCACAUCCAGCCCCCGCCCCCUCCUCCCCCACCACCACCCCCUGCUGAUGGAGGGCCCCGGGGAGCUGGGGAUCCAGGGGGACCAGGGGCUGGGAGUGGGCUGGGCACCCUGGUGGAGCCACGGGUACGAGAGGUGUGGCCACGGGGCCUGAUUACCUAUGUGACAGUGACCGAGCCGUCGGCAGUGCUCGUGGUCCGUGGUGUACGGGACCGGCUGGUCAUCACUUACCCACAUGAACACCACGCCCUCAAGUCCAGCCGCUUCUACCUGCUGCUACUGGGUGUGGGAGACCCAAGUGGGCCCGGUGCCAAUGGCUCAGCUGACUCGCAGGGCCUGCUCUUCUUCCGUCAGGACCAGGCCCACAUUGACCUGUUUGUUUUCUUCUCCGUCUUCUUCUCCUGCUUCUUCCUCUUCCUCUCACUCUGUGUGCUUCUCUGGAAGGCCAAGCAGGCCCUAGACCAACGGCAGGAGCAGCGCCGACAUUUGCAGGAGAUGACCAAGAUGGCUAGCCGCCCCUUUGCGAAGGUCACUGUCUGCUUCCCUCCUGAUCCUACUGCUCCAGCCCCCGCCUGGAAGCCAGCUGGCCUCCCACCACCUGCCUUCCGCCGCUCAGAGCCCUUCCUGGCACCCCUGCUGCUGACAGGGGCUGGUGGCCCCUGGGGACCCAUGGGAGGGGGCUGCUGCCCACCAGCCAUCCCUGCCACCACUGCUGGCCUGCGAGCUGGGCCUAUCACUCUUGAGCCUACAGAGGAUGGCAUGGCUGGUGUGGCCACACUGCUGCUCCAGCUGCCUGGUGGGCCCCAUGCACCUAAUGGUGCCUGCCUGGGGUCAGCCCUUGUCACGCUGCGGCACAGGCUGCAUGAGUACUGUGGGGGCAGUGGGGGUGCUGGGGGAAGUGGGCAUGGGGCUGGAGCAGGCCGGAAGGGACUAUUGAGCCAGGACAACCUCACCAGCAUGUCCCUCUGACCUGCUGCAGGGUCCUCAGCUAUAGCAGUUGAGUUGCCUAGUGGGGCUGCCCUGGAUUUGGGGCCCCUCCACCUGGGGGCCCCUGGACACUGUCUCCUCAGAGACUGCUGGUUCCCUUCCCCAGGGGUCCCUAGACAGGGCCUCCUUUGUUCUGCAUUCAGCAGCUAUUUAUUGAGCACCUAUGUGCCAGGCACUGUUGUAGGCAUGGGGCAAAGCAGGAACCAAGAAGCGAGGUUCCCUGAUGUCAUGGGACUUAGGUCCUAGUGCAGUGAGACAGUCGGCAUGCUGGUACAUGUCUGCAUGCACACAUAGACAAGUAAGAUGGCUUCAGAGAGGGAUAAGUGCUGUGAGACCUCAAUGGGGUGUGGCUGCAAGGGGCCAUAGAGUAGUUGAUUGGGCAUUCUGAGAAGGUACACUGAGAAUGACUGAGAAGAAUGGAAAGAGCUUCAGGAACUCUUCAGGCAGAGGGAACUGCACAGGCAAAGGCCCUGAGGUGAGAACCAGCUUAUUUCAUUGAAAAGCAUCAGAAAACUGGCCAGUGUGACUCAGACCAAGUGUGAGGAGAUGAGGUUGGGGACAGGCAGGGUCAGGAUCUCUUAAGGUCCAGAUGGGAUUUGGGGUUUAAUUCUCAGGGCAAUGGGAAGCCAUCGAACGGUUUUAUGAGAGGGAGCCACAGGAUCCGACAAACCUAUUUAAAAAGUCACCCAGCUAUGGAUUGAAGGGGACAAGAGAGGCAACGGGGACAGGGACAGAGGGCUGGGUCAGGAUGGUGGCAGUCAGGAUGCAGAAUGUAUGUGGAUGUCAGGCUGAGGGAGGGGACAAAUCCAGGGUGAGCCCUAACUUGUGGUCGGAAGCAUAGGGAUGUGGGGUCAUUUAUAAUGGAGCAGACAGGGACUUGUGGGGAAGAUCAAAAGUUUAAUUUUUGAUGGGGGUUGCCCUUUAGACAUCUCUUUGGGCAGGUUUGACUAGGGAUGGAGACACCACUGUAUUUCAACACCAGGAGUUGAGUGCAGGGAAUUUGUAGUACCAGGCAGGUUGGUGGCUGCCAAUGGGACAGAUGGGACAAUGAGCAGCCCAGAUGUGAGCAAGAGCAGAAAGUUGCUGCCACCUUCCUAAACUGAAGGGACAAAGCUCAGGGGAGAUGUUACCCAACCCUGGGGCUAUGGUCACCCAGUGAAGCUGGGACGACAGAGGCCUGUUCACAGGGAACCUCAGAGGAGGCAAUACCUCUGUCUGAGGUACCACUUCAGGUGUGUGCAAGAGGGACACCAGGGUUGGAGGCAGAAGUGCCAGAAUCACCAACGUACAGCUCUCUUUGGAUAGUACUGCCUCACUGCGGGGCUGCCCCGACCCGAGCCACCUCCAUGGACUUCUGAGCUCUCUUACCUCCUGAGGAUCCCCAACCCCAAUCCUAGCAGUCUUCUUGAACUUCUUGGACUCCUUCCCCUAGACUUCAACUCUUAGCUGCUUUUUUGGUCCUUGAGGGUACUGGGCACUGCAUCAUCCCCUUGCUGGGGUCCCAGUCUGAGAGGCACUGCCAAUGUGUGCAUGUCAGAGGUGGCAGGGGCCACAUCUGAGGCAGAGGAGAGUGACUAACAAAUAAAGAGUGUGG